UUUUUUUUUUUUUUUUUUCUCUCUCUCUCUCUCUCUUCUUCUUUUUUUUUCUCUUCUUCUUUUCGACGUUUAUUCGCCGUUUUCUUUUAAUUGUCUAAUCUCAUAAUUUUGGGUUUGACAUUAACAAAUAUAUAAACUACCAAAAAAAAAUUUAUAAAAUAGAAAAACCCGAAAUGUCUACUUCUCCUGUCGUGACCCCCGCUGAAGUUGCUCCCGUUCAACAGCUUUCAGCUGAACAACAACAGCAAAUUGCUCAGGCUCAAGCCUCUGCUCCUGCUGGUUCCAACGCUGCUCCUUCCCCUUCUGCUUCCCUUUAUGUUGGUGAGCUUGAUCCCUCUGUCACCGAGGCCAUGCUCUUUGAAAUGUUCAACAUGAUCGGUCCCGUUGCCUCCAUCCGUGUCUGUCGUGAUGCUGUCACCCGUCGCAGUUUGGGUUAUGCUUACGUUAACUUCCACAACAUUGUUGAUGGUGAACGUGCUUUGGAAAGCCUUAACUACACCUUGAUCAAGGGUAAGCCUUGUCGUAUUAUGUGGUCUCAACGUGAUCCCUCUCUCCGUAAGACCGGUUCCGGAAACGUUUUCAUCAAGAACCUCGAUCCCUCUAUCGACAACAAGGCUCUUCACGAUACCUUUUCUGCUUUCGGUAACAUCUUAUCUUGUAAGAUUGCUAUUGAUGAGAACGGUAACUCUAAGGGUUACGGUUUCGUCCACUACGAAACUGAAGAAGCUGCCGAUAAUGCCAUCAAGCAUGUCAACGGUAUGCUCUUGAACGACAAGAAGGUUUACGUCGGUCGUCAUGUCCCCAAGAAGGAGCGUCAAGCAAAGAUUGAGCAAUACAGAGCUAAAUUCACCAACGUCUACGUCAAGAACUUGGAUGAGACUGUCAACGAUCAACAAUUGAGCGAAAUGUUCGGCAAGUAUGGUCCUAUCACCUCUGCCAUUGUUCAAGUUGAUGAAGAGAACCACUCCAAGGGUUUCGGUUUCGUUAACUUUGAAGAUCACGAAGAUGCCCAAAAGGCUGUCGAUGCUUUGAACGAAACUGAGCAAGCUGAUGGUAAGAUCCUUUACGUCGCUCGUGCCCAAAAGAAGUCUGAGCGUGAGGAAGAGCUCCGCAAGCAAUACGAACAAGCCAAGCUCGAGAAGCUCGCCAAGUAUCAAGGUGUUAACUUGUACGUCAAGAACUUGGAUGAUGAUCUUGAUGAUGAGAAGCUCCGUCAAGAGUUCUCUGUCUAUGGUGUUAUCACCUCUGCCAAGGUCAUGGCUGAUGAGAAGGGUCAAUCCAAGGGUUUCGGUUUCGUCUGUUUCUCUUCUCCUGAUGAGGCUACCAAGGCUGUCACUGAGAUGAACGGUCGUAUGAUUGGUGCUAAGCCCAUCUAUGUCGCUCUUGCUCAACGUAAGGAAGUUCGUCGUUCUCAAUUAGAGGCUCAAAUGGCUCAACGUAACCAAAUGCGUAUGCAACAAGGUAUGCCCAUGCCCGGUGCUCCUGGUUACAUGCCCGGUGCUCCCAUGUUCUAUGCUCCUCCCGGAGGUUUCCUUCCUCAAGGUCAACGUCCCGUUUUCCCCCCUAACGGUAUGAUGCCUCGUCCUCGUUGGGCUCCUCAACAAGGUCAACCCAUGGCUGGUUUCGCUCCUCAAGGAUUUGCUCCCAACAACAGCGGUAGCAACAACAUGCGUCCUCCUCGUCAACCUCGUGCUCCUCGUGGCGGUGCUGCCGGUCAGCGCAAGUAUGCUAACCAAGCUCGUCAACCUGCUGCCGAGACCGCUGAGUCUGCUGCUGCUGCUCCCUUGACCGCCGCCGCUUUAGCUGCUGCCCCUGCUGAGGCUCAAAAGCAAAUGCUCGGUGAACGUCUCUAUCCUUUGAUCAAUGCCCAACAACCCGAAUAUGCUGGUAAGAUCACUGGUAUGCUCCUCGAGAUGGAUAACGGUGAAUUAUUGAACCUUAUUGAAGACAACAAGGCCUUGGAGAACAAGAUCAAUGAAGCCAUUGAGGUUCUUAAGGCUCAUAUGUCUGAAGCUCCCAAGGAAGAAGAGAAGGUUGAGGCUUCUGCCUAAACUUUGUCUUUCUUUUUGGUUUCAAUGAAAUAAAAAAAAACACCCCCCCCCCCCCCUUAAUAAAGAAGAUAAUAAAAGAAAUAAAAUAUCAAACAGUUAGAGA